AUGUGCGCGACCUUCAGCCCUUGCGCGCCGCAGUCAUGGAGCGGACUUCUCGUCACCGCGACGAUCAACGAUAUCGGAAGCACUAUUCUCUUUUUCUGGCCCUGCAGAUUUGGUCUCACCGCUGUCCCACUGCGCAGUUUGGGGCUUGACAAUGAGUGCAUACCGUCUGGAUCUUCCCCGGAGACCAUUGCCAUACAGGCUGUUGCGUACCUCGUUGGCUGGACUUCGACCGUCAAGUCGGAUUUAGAGCGCACCAAGACUCGUCCUAUUGCCUCCGGCGUCAUCUCGGUACCCGCCGCCCUUCUGUUCCUUCUAGUGCACUGUAUUGCGUUCUUCGCCAUUCUUGCGCUAGCUGGUUUCCAGGCCUUCGUUGUCGGAACCAUUGGCUUUUUCACCUGGGAGGCGAUUUACCCUCUAUCGAAGCGUUUCACUAACUGGCCUCAAGCCUUCCUUGGAUUCGACUGCGCAUGGGGUUUCCCCGUCGUCUGGAUCUCUGUGAAUGGGGUUUGGGACUGGAAACUCGUGACGGCCAUCGUCCUCGGCAUCACUGCCUGGACCAUCCACUUUGACACGAUCUACGCGCUCCAGGACAAGGAAGACGACAUCAACGCCGGCGUUCACUCUUGCGCGCUCCUGUUUGGUGACAAAGUCCGCCCGAUUUUGUCUGUAUUCGCCACCUUCUUCGUCGGGACACUGGCGUACGCCGGAUACCUGAACCACCAAGGGGCUUUCUACUAUGUCAUUACCGUUGGCGGCACGGGUCUGCAUAUGCUAUGGCAGCUCCUGACUCCCGAUCUCGUGGCUAACGGCGGCAAGAUCUGGAAGUCGAACGGCCAGUUGGGCUACCUCGUGGAGGCGGGCUUGCUCGCCGACUACAUCCACAAGGUGAUCAUGUAA